AAGAUCAGUCUGAGAAGGAGCCUGGGGACAUCCGGGGCUCCAGAUCCUCACAUUCACACACCUGGACACUUACUGCCAAAGACACCCCACGGUUCUGGGAGGCCAUCUGUAACUCUGCCAGGCCCCAAGAGCUGGGCUUCUCCAGCGAGGAAGUGUUCCCAAGCUCUUACCCAAACCUUCACCCGAGUCCUGCUGGCAGAGGGGAGCUACUAGGAUGGACGUCUCCACAGCCUCACCACCCUCUGCCACCUCAAAAACUCCACAGAAGCAGCAUCUAGAAACAGUGGCCGCCUACCAGUUUGUGCUCACUUUCCUCUUCAUGGGUCCUUUCUUUUCUCUUCUUGUCAUCUUCCUCCUCUUCACCUCACUCUGGUCAUUCUCUGUUUUCUACUUAGUGUGGCUCUACCUAGACUGGGACACACCUGAGCAAGGUGGAAGGCGUUCUGAGUGGUUAAGGAACUGGACAAUUUGGAAGCACCUGAGGGAUUAUUUUCCGAUCAAGCUGGUGAAGACAGUAGAGCUGCCCCCUGACAAGAACUACGUUCUGGGUGCUCACCCACACGGGAUCAUGUGCACCGGAAUCUUCUGUAAUUUUGCCACGGAGGCCAAUGGCUUCUCCCAACACUUCCCAGGGAUUCAGCCCUCGCUUGCUGGGCUGUCUAGUCUCUUCUGCCUUCCUGUCUACCGAGACUACAUCAUGUGCACUGGAGCGUGUCCUGUCAGCCAACAGAGCCUAGAUUUUAUCCUGGCCCAGCCCCAGCUUGGGCAGGCUGUGGUCAUUGUGGUCGGAGGUGCCCAGGAGGCCCUGCAUUCGGUCCCAGGGGAGCACUGUCUCAUACUCCGGAAACGUAAGGGCUUCGUGCGCUUGGCACUGCGGCACGGGGCCUCCCUGGUGCCUGUAUACUCCUUUGGGGAGAAUGACAUCUUCAGACUGAAGGCUUUUGCCACUGGUUCCUGGCAGAAUAGGUGCCAGAUCGCCUUCAAAAAGCUCAUGGGCUUUUCUCCUUGCAUCUUCUGGGGCCGCAGUCUCUUGGCUAACUCUUGGGGGCUGUUGCCCUUUCCUGAGCCCAUCACCACUGUGGUGGGCCGCCCCAUCCCUGUGCCUCAGCGCUCUCAUCCCACCACAGAAGAAGUUGACCACUAUCACACACUCUACAUAAACGCUCUGCAGCAACUCUUCGAGGAGCACAAGGAAAGCUGUGGCAUCCCUGCUUCUACCUGCCUCACUGUCAUCUAGGUCUGAUGGUCUGGCCUAGGCUGCCUGCUGAGCUCCUGAGCCCCUGACCCAAGACACUGAGAUCUCCACAUACUGCUGUGCUCCAUCUGGAAGUGAGCAAGAUAAGGCCAAAUCCACCCCCAUCUUGAUGUGCUACAGAGUUGCUACCUCAUGUUGGAUAGAGACUCAACUCUGCAUGUGGUAUGACGAUGGACAAGCCUCUUCCCUUUGCCCAUUUUUGGCUGUAAAUAAAGGUGUCUGCUUAGCUGAGAGCUGUCGGCCUCACAGAG